GAAGUGGACCGAAACAACAGUAUUUUCGCGUCAAGCCCCAAGAUAGAGAAGCAGUCGAAGGAGAAACGGUCGAGUUUCAAUGUCAUGUCGAAAACGUAGCUGGAGAUGUCCAGUGGAGCAAAGAUGGAUUUCUACUUGGUUUUGAACGUAAUAUUCCUGGGUAUCCGAGGUAUUUUAUGGUACUAAAUACCGUUCAAGGUGUAUAUAACCUUAGAAUAGAAAAUGUUCGUUUAGAAGAUGAAGCAGAGUUUCAAUGUCAGUUGAUUUUUUCCAACAAACUAGAAGCAACAAAAAUAUCCGUAACGAUAGAUGAAGAAAAAGGUUUUACAACGAGCAGUUCCUUAACAUUGUAUCCUAAAUUAGAACAAAGUGGAACCACCUACACGUGUGAAGCUUUUCAUCCUGCUUUAGAGAAACCACUUAGAGCAACAAUUGCUGUCGGAGUUUUGUGUUUUGAACGUAAUAUUCCUGGGUAUCCGAGGUAUUUUAUGGUACUAAAUACCGUUCAAGGUGUAUAUAACCUUAGAAUAGAAAAUGUUCGUUUAGAAGAUGAAGCAGAGUUUCAAUGUCAGGUUGGUCCAAGUAAAAAUCAGAAACCAAUUAGAGCCGCUGCUCGGUUAACUGUUGUAAUUCCGCCCAAAAACAUGACGAUUAAUGGCCUUCCAGAUGGAGAAGAAGUGAUGGUUCGCGAGUCUCAGAGAUUGGUUUUAACAUGUAAAACACGAGGAAGCAAACCUCCUGUGGAAAUGAAAUGGUACAGAAGAUCUGUAGAGCUUGUACCAGAAGCAACAAAAAUAUCCGUAACGAUAGAUGAAGAAAAAGGUUUUACAACGAGCAGUUCCUUAACAUUGUAUCCUAAAUUAGAACAAAGUGGAACCACCUACACGUGUGAAGCUUUUCAUCCUGCUUUAGAGAAACCACUUAGAGCAACAAUUGCUGUCGGAGUUUUGUUCCCUCCAAGUCCUCCAAUAAUUCAGGGUUACCAAGACGAUGAUGUAGUUCAAAUGGGAGACACAGUAGUACUUGUUUGCAUAUCUCGAGGUGGAAAGCCAGCUCCUCGUAUCAUUUGGUACCGAAACGACGUACUAAUAGAUAUUUCACACUCAAGUACUGGUUACGAGACAACAAAUACUUUCACUUUUACUGCAGGAAUUGAGGACAAUAAUGCUGUUUUUCGUUGUGAAGUUUCUAAUGCGCUUACAAAAGAACCUAUGAAAAAGUCUGUUACUAUUAGAGUUUUAUUCGGUCCAAAGAACUUGACUAUUAGCGGUCCUUCGGAAGCUCGUCGUGGAGAAACUAUCGUGCUUAGCUGUCAAAGCGACUACAGCAAUCCUCCUGCACAACUGUCUUGGGUUGUAGAUAAUAAUAUCAUGAAGUCUACAGAAAUUGAGACGUAUCAAACACCAGACGGAUGGAUGACUUCUUCUAAUCUCAGCCUCACUAUCACCAGGCAG